AAACCCUUUCCAGAAACCCUAUCAAAACCCUUAUCUCAUUUUCACUCCCCCAAAAAAAAAAAAAAAAACCAAUGGCACUCUCCAAACUCACCCAAAUCAGAAUCCUAGCCAGACCACCAUUCCACCACCACCCACCACCGCAAUCCGCCUUCAUCUCCCUCCGCUCCCUCUCCUUCUCCUCCCCAGAAGAAGCCGCAGCCGAGCGCCGCCGCCGCAAACGCCGCCUCCGCAUAGAACCCCCACUCUCCUCCCUCAACCGCUCCCAACAACAACAAACCCAACAGCCCCAAAAACCCCAACAAUCCCAAAUCCCCCAAAACCCCAACUCCCCAAAGCUACCCGAACACGUUUCAGCUUUAUCAGGCAACCGCCUCAACCUCCAUAACCGUAUUCUCACCUUGAUCCGCCAAAACGACUUGGAAGAAGCCGCACUCUUUACUCGCCACUCUGUCUACUCCAACUGUCGCCCCACCAUUUUUACAGUUAAUUCGGUUUUGUUCGGUUUGCUCCGGCAAUCCAAGUACUCCGAUCUCCUCUCUCUUCACCGGUUCAUCACUCAGGCCGGCAUUGCCCCCAAUGUCAUCACUUACAAUCUCCUCUUCCAGACUUAUCUGGAUUGUCGAAAACCCGACACGGCUUUGGAACACUUUCGACAGUUUGCUAAUGAUGCGCCCAUCAAUCCUUCUCCAACUACUUAUAGGAUUUUGAUCAAAGGGUUGGUCGACAAUGGCCGGGUUAGUAAGGCGGUCGAGAUGAAAGAGGAAAUGGGUGUUAGGGGUUUUGCUCCUGACCCUGUUGUGUAUAGCUAUUUGAUGAAUGGGUGUGUGAGGAGUGGGGAUUUGGAUGGUGUGUUCGGGCUUUUCGAGGAGUUGAAGGAGAAGCUUGGUGGGUUUGUGGAGAAUGGGGUUGUGUAUGGGGCUUUGGUCAAAGGGUAUUUCAUGAAAGGGAUGGAGAAGGAGGCUAUGCAGUUUUAUGAGGAGGCUGUUGGGGAGGGUUCGAAGGUGAAGAUGAGUGCAGUCGCUUUUAAUUCGUUGUUGGAUGCUUUGAAUAAGAAUGGGAAGUUCGAGUUGGGGUUGAGGUUGUUUGAUAAGAUGAUUGAGGAGAAUAGGCCCCCGUGGUGUUUGACAGUGAAUUUGGGGAGUUUUAAUGUGAUGGUGGAUGGGUAUUGCGCGCAAGGGAGGUUUAAGGAUGCCAUUGAGGUUUUUAGGAAGAUGGGAGAGUAUAGGUGUCGUCCGGAUACUUUGUCUUUCAAUAAUUUGAUUGAGCAGUUGUGUGAUAAUGGGUUGUUGGGUGAAGCUGAGGAGGUAUAUGGGGAGAUGAGUGAGAAGGGGGUGAACCCGGAUGAGUUUACGUUUGUGUUGUUGAUGGAUGCUUGUUUUAAGGCAGAUAGGGCGGAUGAUGCAGCCGGGUAUUAUAGCAAAAUGGUUGAGUCAGGGCUGAGGCCGAACUUGGGGGUUUAUAAUAAGCUGGUUGAUGGGUUGGUUAAAGUAGGGAAGGUGGAUGAUGCCAAGUCAUUUUUCGAUUUGAUGGUGAAGAAACUCAAGAUGGAUGUUGCAAGUUAUGAGUUUAUAAUGAAGGCGUUGAGUGAGGUUGGGAAGUUGGAUGAGGUUCUUAAUGUGGUUGAUACGAUGUUGGAUGAUGAUGGGGUUGAAUUAACUGAGGAAUUGCAGGAGUUUGUAAAAGGGGAGUUGAGGAAAGAAGGAAGGGAAGAGGAUUUGGGGAAGCUUAUAGAGGAAAAAGAAAGGCAGAAGGCUGAAGCUAAGGCUAAGGAGGCUGAAGCAGCAGAAGCAGCCAAGAGAAGUGCAAGAGCUGCCGUUGCUUCUUUGCUUCCGUCAAAGUUGUUUGGAAAUAAGGAUGGAGAGACGGAGUCUGCAGAGGCCAAUACAAAUCUUAUUGAAGCUACUUCCGUGAAUGAAGAAGUGCUGAGUCCUGGUGAAAAUGCUUCCGUGAAUGCUGAUGGGGAAUCGACAGAGGAAGCUGUUACUAGUAGUGUGGAUUCAGGUGGUAUAGAAGCAAAAAGUGAUGGUGCGAAUUAGCAGGUAAUAGUUUGAAUGUGCAUGACUUAGUGGGGAAAUGGUCGUUAUCUGUGUUCCUUUUCUUCAUGUAAUACUUUGGAAAUUCAUGUGCUACUCUGAUCAAUUUAUAUGUAACUGGGACUUUUGGAAAGGAUGAUGGUUUAUUUUUAUUUACUUCACUAGUUUAUUUCA